AAAAUCACAGCCCUGUUACAGCUACAAAACAGAGGACUCAUCGUGGAACUGGACAGCGAAGAGAUGGUAAUCAGACUAAAAGACAACCACACCCAAAAGAAAUUCCUCCAAGCAUUAAACUUCUCAGUAACGUUCAAGGACCAAACCUAUACUCUGGUGGUGCAGUAUGUACCCAUCAACCUGCUCAUAGAACAACCAGGCCUCCUCCGACUGGUAGAAGGUAAGAAUCUACUGGAGGUCAACUCACUCAUCUCCAUGUGCUGGAUCAAGCCACCACACAAACACCCGCCCACCCAGAUGAUGGCCUUCACCCUACUCCAAGUAAAUGACGCAGUCAUGGCCAAUAAACUAAUC